UAUUGAUAAUUAACAAGUUAAACCUCAUAAAAAUUAAAUUUUUAGUAGUUAGAUAUAUUCAAUUUCAUACUAAAAUCAUAAUCCAAUUUUUAGAAUUCAAUUUGGACAAUUAUUGACUAAAAUGAGUUUUAAUCCUGGGUCACCGAAGUCGAGACGUACGUCAUUUCUCGAUAUAGGAGGUCCAAAUUCCUUAAAUAAUUUUGCAAAUUCAUAUACUCGAGCUCAAUCAUAUAUAGGGUCAACUUUAUUAGAACAAAGUCCUAGUUUAUUAGUUUCAGAUGAUGUUUCUCCCAAUACUUCACCAUACUUGGAAGGACAGGAUGAAGGAGAAAUUACUAUUGAUUAUCGACUUGAUGAUAAUCAACCAAUACCUCAAGGAUAUAAUCAUAUUCGAACAUUUCAUUUUCCUGAACAAGAAAUUCCUCCUAGUGAAGUAUCACCAUUAAUAAGACGUCGAUCUUCAUUAGCAAUUUCAAUUAAAUCAGGAGAAGCUACAUUAAUUAGUGGGAAUUCAACUGUACCACAAACUGUAUUUAAUUCUGUUAAUACUCUUAUGGGUAUUGCUAUGUUAUCAUUACCAUAUGCAUUUAAAGUUUCAGGCUGGAUCUUGGGAUCAAUAAUCUUUUUAAUUAGUGCAAUUAUAACUAAUAAAACAGCAAAACUUCUUGGAAAAAUUCUUGCUAAACAUCCUGAAUUAAAUACUUAUGGAGAUAUUGCCUUUAUAUUUGGAGGUAAAUCAGUUGCAGUAGUUGUAACUAUAAUUUUUUUAAUUGAUAUGAUUGGAGCCAUGUUAUCAUUAAUAUUAUUAUUUACUGAUUCAUUCAGUAUUUUAUUACCUCAAAUAAGUAAAUCAGCUCUUAAAGCAAUAGUAGUACUGGUAUUAUUUAUAUUAUCAUUAUUCCCACUUUCAAUUUUAUCAAUGUUAAGUCUACUUGGUAUAACAUGUACAUUAACAGUUAUAAUAAUUGUAAUAAUUUGUGGAUUAUCAAUAACUCAAAGUCCAGGAUCACUUUGGGAUCCUGUACCAACUAGUUUAUGGCCAUUAAGAUAUGAUUAUUUAAUAUUAAGUUUAGGAUUAUUUAUGGCUCCAUGGGGUGGACAUCCUGUAUUUCCUGAAUUAUAUCGAGAUAUGAGACAUCCAAUAAAGUAUAAUAAAUCUACAAAUAUUUCAUUUACAACUUCAUUCUUACUUGAAUUAGGUCUUAGUAUAAUUGGACUUAUAAUGUAUGGAAGUCAAUGUCAAGAUUCUAUUAUAAAGAAUCUUAUGUUAAAUAAUCAAUAUCCUAAAUGGAUAAAUCCUACUUUAAGUUUUUUAAUGGGAUUUCUUUCAUUAUCAAAAUUACCACUUGUUGCUAAACCAAUUAUUACUGUAUAUGAGAAUUUAUUAGGAAUUAAUGAUGAUUUAUUAUUAAUUAAACAAUCCGAUGGUGAAUUAAUUACUGGUAUACCGUCACAUGUCACUAGAUCUAAUGCAAGUAUUAUUAUGUUUCGUCGAAUAUCUCGAAUCUUUAGUAGAAUUAUAUUUUGUAUUGGAUUACUUGUGGUAUCAUUAGCAUUCUCAACAUUUGGAAAAGUUGUAUCAUUUUUAGGAGCUGCUAUUUGUUUUACAAUAUGUAUGACAUUACCAUUAAUGUUUUAUUUAAAAUUAUUUUAUUAUGAAUUAACUACUUUACAACGAUUGUUAUUUAUGGUGGGUAUACUAAUCGGGAUAUCCAGUUCAAUAAUGGGGACUUAUGCGGCCAUUACUCUUGAUAUUAAUAUAUAGUCUACUACUAUAAUACAAUUAUACCC